AUGUCUUUGAUAUAUUCAAAAUUUGACUUUGUGAAUAAACCUUGGUGGAGAUCAGAUUAUGAUGACCGCGCUCCUCAGUAUUUCAUCUCAAGUAUCAAACGUCUUCAACAAGCCAUAUUAUUAUCCAUUGAAAAUGAGAAUGAACUCUUUUGGAAGGGCUUUAUGGACCUUCAUCGUGAACAUUAUCUAAUGGAAUGCAUUUCAGUGGAAGGCGAUGUAGACCUUAAUAUUAUACAACAGCUGUUAAAGAAAUCACACUUUAAAGAUUUUCUGACUUACGUUUGCGAAAUAGUUUUUUCAAGAACAAUUUUUAGACCUAUUUUACACUUGGCUAGUUAUAUUUGCAGAAUAACAUUUGGUGACAGCAAUAUCCAUAGAAUAAUGUUUGGCCCUUCUCGUUCUUUGCACCUAGCUAAAAAAAUCCAAAAUCUUCACGAUACCAUUAAUGGCAUUUUCCCAUCCAUUUUCUUUUUUAAUCUUCCAAUAGAUCAUUUUACGCCUUUGCUUGCACAGCAAUUGCAUCAACAGAUUGGUAAUGGGUUAAUUGAGAAUGCGGGUCUGUACAGAACGCAAUACGUUAUGGCAGCACAGGAAAAUUACGUUUAUUUGGCACCAAAUUUGAUAGAGGACAGAAUGGAAGAGCUAUUCCGUCAAUGUCAAGAAAAAUUUGGGAAAGAGGAAUUGGAUUUAGACGAAGCUAUCAAAUUUGGGGCAUGUUUUCUCACACAUUUCUUGUACAUCCAUCCCUUUAUGAAUGGAAAUGGAAGGGUGGCUAGGUUACUAUUGAGUUAUUUACUAUCAAAAUUCACUGUAGUGCCACUUUCAUUGUAUAUGGGAAUGAAAACACGGGAUUUAUACUUACAGUGUUUGCGUGAAUCGAGAUAUCAUGAACCAUUCUUGCCCAAUGCACUCGCUACCUUUAUACUUGAAAACGUAUACAAUACAUCUUAUAACAUAUGUACAGUGAUGGACAUAAACAUUCAGAAUAUUAAUUAA